UUGAAGCAGGCGUCUGCCAGCGACUUGUGGAGCUUCUGAUACAACUGGCUUCCAGAGGUUGUAUUAAACCACUCUGUGAUCUUCUAAUCUGCCCAGAUCCAAGGAUUAUAACUGUGUGCCUUGAAGGUCUUGAGAACAUUCUGAAGGUGGGUGAGGCAGACAAAGGAAUUGGAAUGAAUGACGGGAUCAAUAUUUGUGCACAACUGGAGAGAGAUUGGGCUGAGGAAGAAUUGGAAAGUAUUCCCUCAAUGGUGCAAGGAUUAUGGUCUGAUGAUCCUGCUUUGCAAUUGGAGGCUACCACUCGGUUUAUGAAGCUAUUAUCAAUUGAACACAGCCCUCCAAUUGACGAGGUUAUAAAACCAGGUGUGGUCCCUCGGUUUGUGGAGUUUCUUGGAAGACAUGAUAUGCCCCAGUUGCAAUUUGAAGCUGCAUGGGCUUUGACCAAUGUUGCAUCUGGAACAUCAGAUCAUACACGAGUUGUUAUUGAACGUGGUGCGGUCCCCAUGUUUGUGCGGCUUCUUAGCUCUGGCAGUGAUGAUGUCAGAGAGCAGGCAGUAUGGGCUGUAGGAAAUGUUGCUGGUGAUUCUCCUAGUUGCAGGGGUCUUGUUCUUGGACAAGGUGCGCUAAUGCCACUGCUAGCUCAAUUAAAUGAAAAUUCCAAGUUAUCCAUGCUGGGGAAUGCUACAUGGACUUUAUCAAACUUUUGUCAUGGCAAGCCAGCAACACCAUUUGAUCAGGUGAAGCCUGCCUUACCAAUUCUUCGACAACUUAUUCACUUAAAUGAUGAAGAAGUCUUGACAGACGCUUGCUGGGCCCUAUCGUAUCUCUCAGAUGGUCCAAAUGACAAAACUCAGGCUGUGAUUGAAGCAGGCGUCUGCCAGCGACUUGUGGAGCUUCUGAUUCAUCCAUCACCUAUGGCUCUUCGGACAGUGGGAAACAUUGUUGCUGGUGAUGAUUCCCAGACCCAGUUUGAAGCUACAUGGGCUUUGACCAAUGUUGCAUCUGGAAUAUCAGAUCAUACACGAGUUGUUAUUGAACAUGGUGCGGUCCCCAUGUUUGUGCAGCAUCUUAGCUCUGGCAGUGAUGAUGUCAGCAAGCAGGAGGGGGGAUGGGGCACAACAAACAUCGCUUUUAUUUCUAACAAUGGUGGUGGAACAAUAUUUGUUGGUGUGGAUUCGAGGACCACAUCUGGAUUUGCGAAUGGAAGCGGUGGUCCAUGUGCCUUGAAAUACUUGGACAGUUGCAAUUUGAAAGUCCAUGUUUCAAAUGAACUAGUUCAACAUGUGAUAAGGGCUAUAUUAUAUGCAACCCUUUUUGAUGAAUCUAGCGGUGGAUAUGUGCGCGUAUUCAAGGUAUUAAAACAAGGAGGUUAUGAAAGGGUAUAUAACCGACCGGUUUUGAGAGCGCUUGUUGAUCAUUAUGAUGCCUUAGCUAGUUAUCUUUCCAAAUCAUUGUUCUUUCUCUUUGACGAGCUUGAUUACGAAUAUACACAUGACAUUAAUGUGAAAGUGCAUGAAGGAUUCCGAAGACAGUUUGAUGAAGAAUAUCAAAAGAAUGUUGUCAUAACUCAAGGACAAACAUACACUAUGCGACUUGUACAUUUCAAGAACCCAAUUGAUGAGCUAUAUGAGAGGUUGGAAAGAAAAAAUAGUCAGCGUGUUGUGCCCCCUGAAGUUGGAUAUCUACCGUCAGUUCGAAUUGAAGAAAUUGGUGAGGCUCCUAUUUUGUGUGGUAAGGUAACACAGGAGUUGGUGAGAAAUUUACGGGACAUAUGA